AUGUGGGCUACACUGUCGAUCGUGUGGCUUUUGUUUUUACGUCUGACUGCAGCUGUAGUUACCACUUCAUUGGUCACUACAACAGAUGCUAAUGGUCUAGCUUUGACGAGAACAUCUGUUUUUGAUCCUGCCACUUUGGCAGCUGCAGCUACCCCUAUUACAACUGUUAUUACUACAACGAAUGUUGCCGGUGUUUUGGUUACUUUGACUCAGACAACUACGCCGACGGGUACUACGGGAACUACUACUGGGACUGGUACCACUACUACAGCAGCUACUGCGGCUACGGGAACUACUCCAGUUACUAGUGUAAUUACCACUACAAAUGCGGCAGGUGCUACGAUCACUUCCACUACUGUUAUUACUCCAACUGGGACUGCAACUGGGACUACAACUGGGACUGCAACUGGAACUGGAUUAACAACCAGUCUCAUUACUACUACCAAUGCAGCUGGUGCUACUGUGACUUCUACCACUGUUAUUACACCUGGUACGACUAAUACAGGUGUUACUACUACUGGUGCAACCGCAACAGGAUUGACCACUAGUGUUUUUACCACUACUAAUGCUGCGGGUGUCACUUUGACCUCUACUACGGUCUUCAGUCCUACCGCAACUGUCUCUAGCUCUACCACCAAGGCUGCAGCAUACGAUGGGACCAGGCCCGAUCCUUCAACGGCUUUUACUUCCCCGCCAUUGACUCCUGUGACUACAUUAUCAAUGGAUACUCUUAUAACGGUUACUGAAGGUACUACCAAGACAUACACAAGCUCUAGGGAGAAGACUUCGAACUUAUGGGUUACCAUUGUAACCAAUGGGAACACAGUGGUGGUUCAGACAACUUUUGCUCAGAGGUUUACCUCUCAGUAUGAUACAGUGGCUUCGCCAUCAUCUGGUUCUGUAGGUUUGGGUACUAUUUCAGGUACUAUUGGCCGUGUCAGGACUGAUAUGCAAUCGACAGUGAGCGGAAAUGCUGCAGUCUUUGGAACAUCGUUCUUUGUUUCGAUGUUGGCGUUCGUUGCGAUGUUCUUAUAA